AUGGGUCACGAAGAUGCUGUCUAUUUGGCCAAGCUUGCCGAGCAGGCUGAGCGCUACGAGGAGAUGGUUGAGAACAUGAAGAUCGUCGCUUCCGAGGACCGGGAUCUGACCGUCGAGGAGCGAAACCUUCUGUCCGUCGCCUACAAGAACGUCAUUGGUGCUCGCCGUGCUUCCUGGAGAAUCGUCACCUCCAUCGAGCAGAAGGAGGAGUCCAAGGGCAACUCUACCCAGGUUACCCUCAUCAAGGAGUACCGCAACAAGAUCGAGGCCGAGCUCGCCAAGAUCUGCGAGGACAUCCUCGAGGUCCUCGACAAGCACCUGAUCCCCUCGGCCAAGAGCGGCGAGUCCAAGGUCUUCUACCACAAGAUGAAGGGUGACUACCACCGCUACCUCGCCGAGUUCGCCGUUGGCGACAAGCGCAAGGACUCUGCCGACAAGUCUCUUGAGGCUUACAAGGCUGCCACCGAGGUUGCCCAGACCGAGCUCCCUCCUACCCACCCCAUCCGCCUUGGUCUCGCCUUGAACUUCUCCGUCUUCUACUACGAGAUUCUCAACUCGCCCGACCAGGCUUGCCACCUUGCCAAGCAGGCCUUUGACGAUGCCAUUGCCGAGCUCGACACGCUGAGCGAGGAGAGCUACAAGGACUCUACCCUCAUCAUGCAGCUCCUCCGUGACAACCUGACCCUGUGGACCUCAUCAGAGGCUGAGCCCCCUGCGGGCGGUAACGCCGAGGCCGCUCCUCAGGAGGAGGCCAAGGCCGCCGAGCCGGCCGCAGAGGAGGCCAAGGCUGCCGAGUAA